CGAGUUUUCCACUAGUUUUGGCAGUGUUAAGAUACGAGGCAAAUGAAGCCACUAUGAUAUUUAGGGUGGGUUCACAGGAACGUUUCCGUUUUGUUAGGUUUCAGUGACCUUGAAUCUAGUGGGUUCACUUUUGAUGUUUAACAAACACGUUUGUAAACAGAUAUGUGUAUUUUUACGUGUCGGAUGGUGACGUCAUCGUGGCGGGAGUAAACCAGUUCAUAUUCAUGCGACGUGGUGUCAUUGAAUUUGUUUGCUCUCAACACAAGUGCUUGUUAUUUUUACAGAUAUUAAUAACUCUGGUCAAGGGCAUGGUUUUUAUUUGAGUACAUCAACAUGAAGUAAAUGAUUAUUAUGCCAUGACAGUAGGACUAUUUUCUAUUCGCGGUUUCCUGUGGCGUCCGCGCUGUGCUAGGGCCUAUAUUAUUUGACCUCCAUUCAUGUGGUUUUGUGAAUGGGAUUUUAUCGGUGUGUGUACGAGUCAGAAUAUUGCGCCAUGUUUGGGAAUAUCUGUGCUAAAAGAAGACGAUGACUGUAUUUACUACGGUGAAGUGCCAUUUCCGACUGACACGGCCUUCAGUUUCUUGCGAUUAUUUGUGAUAAUUAUUGACCACGAGUUAAGAUUUUAACAUUUGAAGGACAAAGACUAGGCCUAUCACAGCAUUAUCAUGGCAGACUUGGAAAUCUACGACCAGCCGCAGUCGCUCACAGCCACGGGUCUCGUGAAAAUAUGGGGAUGUAACGACACGAUCUUAAUUGACUGUAGACCGUUCAUAGCGUACAAUGAAGGGCAUAUUCGGACAUCUCACAAUAUAAAUUGCCCACCUAUUGUUAAAAGACGUUCAGGUGGUAGUUUACCCUUGGCUAAUGUCAUUACCUGCGCCAAUUCAAGAGAAAAACUAUUGGCGGGUGACUACAAAAAUGUGGUUAUUUAUGAUCAAAAUACAGACGAUUUCCAAAAUGCCACGAAAGACUCUAAUUUGUAUUUGGUUGUCAAAAGCUUGCAAGAAGAUGCGCGUCUGAGGAAUAAUGUCUUUUAUCUAACUGGCGGAUACGAUGCAUUUACAUGUCAAUAUCCUCAAGCUUGUGUGAAACCGAGUUCUCCUUCAUCAGGAAGUACACUGGAUUCCCCCCGAGCUUGUGGAAAGGAAUUUAGAUUAACUGACGAGUUUUUUCGGGGAGAAGCAGUGGAGAUAUUACCCUGGCUAUAUCUGGGCAGUUCAGUUCAUGCUUCUCAGAAGUCGAAACUGCGUGCUGCGGGGAUAACGGCCCUGCUCAACGUAUCCAACAGUUGCCAGAACCAUUUCCCGGAGAGCUUUCUGUACAAAACCAUACCAGUCGCCGACGACAGCUUUUCAGAGAUUGGGAAGUGGUUUCAGGAUGCAAUAAAUUUCAUAGAUUCAGUGAGAUCAGCUUCCGGAAAAGUAUUAGUCCAUUGCCAUGCGGGUGUUAGCCGAUCCGCCACGAUCUGCAUCGCGUACGUGAUGCAGUUUAAAAAGUGCUCUUUGGACGAGGCCUACAAUCACGUGAAAACCCGUCGAAACGUGAUAGCACCGAAUCUCAACUUUAUGUCGCAGUUAGAAGAAUUCAACAAACAGAUUGUUUGCAGUUACCCAGGUCUUCCAUCGUCAAAGAUUGCAACUUCUACUGUUUCUCCACUUGGAUUUUUAAACAGUAGUUGUGCUAAUCACAUGCCCAAAUUUGACUUUUCUUUCGGUGAUGUUGGUUCCCCAGUCAGUCCCGUUUUGACUCCAGAUGGACAUGCACAUUUUUUUGGAACUUUCCAGCCAUUAAUGUCUCCAAGUUGACAUAAGGUUUGAUUAUGCACAGCUUAAUCUGCGUGUCAUCAUCCUUGUAAUUAAGUGCUUAUUUGAUCGACUAUGAGAGAGGUGUGUUUUUUGUGCGUAGAUUUUAUUGUUUCAAAAAUUUAUGUCGGUGUUAUACCUGUGUCAUGCUAAUUGAGAAAACUUUGUCUUGAUCUGUUGAGAUCAAAAAUUGUCACAUAAAUUGAGGAAAGAAUUCAUUCUUUUAUUUACAACUAAUUAUAGAUAUCUGUUUUGGUAAUUUAUCGAUGCCACAUAGAUUAGAGUAGGAGUUCUUGUUUUUGUUUAUGGAUUUUGUUAAUUGUCGAGUAAUUUAUUUUCAUGGAUGUAUCAUUGUUGCGUUGUUCGAUUGACCACACUAAUAUAUAUUUAGCAUUUUUCGGUUAUUUUUGAUGUUGGUUAUGUUUUAUGUUCAUGGCAAUAAUGGACGCAACCUAGGUUACUGUAUGCAUUCAGGAUGACAAAUGUUUUCUGAACAUUAAAGCAAUUAAUUUAUAUAUAUAUCUGUACAUAAUCAUGUAAUGAUUUAAUUGUAAUUAAUUUAUUUAUUAUGAUUGUACAUUGUACAAAGAUUUAGUGCUCUGGUACAUAAAAAUACUGACAAUCUGUUCUGUGCAACUCAGGUGCUAUUAUUGCAAUUUUAUGUUAACUCAAUUUCUUGUGAGUAAUAUCGACAAUAUUGAUUAAACAGUAAACAUAAA